AUGUUGAUGGUGCGAGAAUUGGAUUUGCUUGAACAAUUUCGAGAUAUGAGUUUGGUUUGUGAAGAGACUUCUUUUGGAGUGAAGCUUGGUAUGUUGAAGCUUACUAGUGGAAUUUUGGAUGAGAUUCGAGAAGGUCAGAAAUCUGAUUUGGUUUUGGUAGAUCGACUGACGAUGAUCAAUCAAGGUAAAGAUGGUGAUUUUCGGAUUGAUGAGAAUGGUAUCAUGAGGUGUCAUGCUAGAAAAUCGAAGAUUGAGCAUCAGAAGUCGUCUGGUUUGUUACAACCGUUAUCUAUUCUUGAAUGGAAAUGGAAUAGUAUUUCUAUGGAUUUUGUUUCUGGUUUACCUAGGACUCCGAGUAAUUGUGAAGCUAUUUGGGUUAUUAUGGACAGGUUUAAGAAAUCUACUCACUUUAUUCCGAUUAGAAUGGAUUAUCCGAUGGAGAGGCUUGCAAAGCUGUAUAUUGAGAAAAUUGUCAGUUUGCAUGGUAUUCCGUCUAGCAUUGUGUCAGAGAGGGAUGCGAGUGUUCAUUCGAGUAUUGGUAUGGCUCCGUUUGAAGCUUUGUAUAGUAGAAGGUGUAGGACGCCUUUGUGUUGGUACGAAUCUGGAGAGAGUGUUAUGGUUGGACCUAAGAUAGUUCAACAGACUACUGAUAAGAUUAAAAUGAUCAGAGAGAAGAUGAAGGUUUCUCAGAGUCAUCAGAAGAGUUACCAUGACAAGAGAAGGAAAGUGCUUGAGUUUGAGAUUUCCAAGAAAGUAGGUGAUGUGGCUUAUCGGAUUACGUUGCUGUCGUCACUUGCUAAUCUCCAUGUUGUGUUUCACGUGUCUCAAUUGAGGAGAUACAUUGUGGAUCCUUCGCAUGUUGUCCAAUUAGAUGAUGUUGAGGUUAGAGAUAAUUUUACCGUGGAGACAUUACCAAUGCGGAUAGAAGAUAGAGAGGUGAAACAACUUCGUGGUAAAGAGAUCGCUUGGUGA